GCGCCGCGGCCUUCCGGCUGCCGAGCGCCUGCGCGACGCUACGGCAUGGCCACGCCGGCCAAGCGGCGCCCGCAGCCUCCCGCCGACGAGCGGGACUCGGAGCCGGAGUCGGACGAGUCGGGCUCUGAGGAGGAUGAUGAUGAGGAGGAGGAGGAGGAGAGGAUCGAUGAGGAAGUGAAUAUUGAAUUUGAAGCACAUUCCAUAUCAGACAAUGACUACAAUGGGAUAAAGAAAUUACUACACCAGUUGUUUCUCAAAGCUCCUGUUAACACAGCUGAAUUAACUGAUAUAUUAAUACAACAGAAUCACAUUGGAAGUAUUAUUAAGCAAGCAGAAGUCCAAGAAGACAGUAGUGAUGAUGAUGAAGAUGAUGAUGAAAUCUUUGGUUUUAUAAGCUGCUUAAACUUAACGGAAAGGAAGGGUACACAGUGUGCUGAACAAAUCAAAGAGCUGAUUCUAAGUCGGUGUGAGAAGAGCUGUGAGCAGCAGGUGGUUGAACAACUGAAUAAGCUCCUAAACGACAGCGCUAAGCCUGUGGGUCUUCUGCUAAGUGAAAGAUUCAUUAACGUACCUCCCCAGAUUGCUCUGCCCAUGCACCAGCAGCUCCAGAAAGAGUUGGCUGAGGCUCAGAGAACAAACAAACCUUGUGGAAAGUGCUACUACUAUCUUCUUAUCAGCAAGACCUUUACAGAAGCCACAAAGAGCAAUUCUAAGAGGAAGGAAGGGAAAAGACAGCAAAAGGAGGAAUUAAUGUUUGCAAAUGCAGAAGAAGAAUUUUUUUAUGAGCAAGCCCUUCUGAAGUUCAGCUACUCGGUGCAAGAGGAAAGUGACACCUGUUUGGGCGGCAGAUGGUCCUUUGACGACGUCCCGAUGAAACCUUUGCGGACUGUCAUGAUAGUUCCAGCUAAUGGAAUGAAUGGAAUUAUGGAGAAACUCAAAGACUACCUGUCACUGUGAACUUGCCUAAAACCAGCUUUUUUUGCAGAAGCAGCUGUGCAGAGCUAGGACUUCACAAUACUUCCAGGAGACUGCUGUUGGGAUAAUGCUUUUGUACUGCUCAAACGCUUCCUUUGUACACUUAGAAGACAAAUAGGUGGUACAACAGAUCAUAGCCAUCAAAUUCAUGUUUCUGAAUACUGUAUCUUGUUGCACUUUGGUAUCAUCAUUAAGCAGUCAAUAAAAAACAACCUGACAAGAAAA